AUGGAGGCCAAGUAUGUCCUGUGCAAAUGGAAAGGCCAGUUAUGGCCAGCCAAGGUGCUGUCCAGGUCUGGGACUUCAUCAAAAAAUAAGAGAAAAAAGGCAUUUUCUCUAGAAGUCCAAAUACUGUCAGUAGAUAAGAAAAUUAAAGUGAAAAGUACAGAAAUAAAGAUCCUAACUAAGUCUCGAAUUGCAGCCAUGGCCUCCUCACUGGUGACACACUCAGCCGUCAGUGCUCCACCUAGAAAGGAAACAGCCCACAAAAGAUCACUUACAGUGGCUCUGGGUAUUCUGAGUGAGGGAACAAAUCUGAGUCACAAAAGCAGUUCAGAUGAAAACGAGACCACUACACCGUCUCAAAAUCAACCACCAAAGCGAUCUGGCUCACUGCCUCGUAAAAAGUCUCAGAAGCACAAAGGGGACUUAGUGAAGAGUCUCGGGAAAUGUAAAAACCCAACAUCCCUGUUGGUGACUUCAGAGAGUGAUGUUUCCCCGUAUGAUGACAAAUCACAGAUGCGCACGAUCAUUGGUCCUACUCAAAGAUGUAGGGAAAGAAAGGCAUCAAAGAUCUGCAGCUUGUGCCAAAAUUGCCAUCCCCUUCCACAAGAUGGUGACAAGAAAGAGGACAAGAAAAGGAUGGACACCUCAACAGUUAUGUCCUUGCAGUCCACCAUCAUGGAGGAGGGGGCACGAUCUCCUGGUGAAGAGAUCAUUCCAAAUUUGGCAUCAAGUUCCAUCAUCACUGAGCCAAAAGCUAUGAAAGAAAUGGCACAGGGCUCCUGCCCAAAGACUCAGGCUGAUUCUAUUAAAUGCUUUACCUUCUUUGAGAAGUUUGAUGACCCUGGAGACGGUCCCCCAAAGCCAGGCCUUGAAGGAGCUGUUCAUCCUAACAAGGCUAAUAACAUGGAUGGCAGACGAUCUACACGCAUUGCUGUUGCACAGGAGCCACGUUCGAUUGAGAGAGGAAUGAUAGUCUGGUUUAAAUAUCAAGAUUACCCAUUUUGGCCAGCAGUGGUAAAGAGCGUCCAGGACACAGAGCAGACUGCCAGGGUGCUCUUGAUUGAAGCAAACAUGAACCCUGAAAGGAGUGGCAUGAGAGUUCCCCUUCGAAGAUUAAAGCAUUUUCAUUGCAAAGAGAAACAAAAAUUCGUGAAGAGAGCCCAGAAAGGGUACAAGAGAAGUGUUGACUGGUGCUUCUCACUCAUCUCCAGCUACAGGCGCAGAACGGGCCGUGGUUCCUUCGUGGGCUCCUUCCUUGAGUAUUACGCAGCUGACACCAGUUAUCCAAUUAGGAAAGCCAUCUGGGGGGGCCACCUGGAGAAUGAUUUUCCAAAGGUGAAUUAUGAGGACCUGGAGGAGUCUGAGGACGAGACCACCCAGGACGGGAAGAGGCGCUGCAGGAAAAUUCUCCCGGACCGGAUGAGGGCCGCUUGGGACCGAGGCAACCAGAAACUAGUGGAUUUCAUCGUGAAAAGAAAGGGGGCCGAAAAUCAUCUUCUGGACAUCCUGAAAGGCAGGAAACCAUCCCAGUGGCUGAAAUCAUUUUUAAAUUCAAGUAGGUACCUGGUCUUCUUUGAAACAUACCUUGAAGAUGAUGAUCAGUUGGACACUGUGGUAAAGUAUUUACAAGAAAUCUAUGAACAAAUAGAUGAGAAAAUACUGACUCUGAUAAAAAAUGACAAAGUAAACUUUGUUCUGGAAGUUCUUCUGCCAGAAGCAAUCAUUUGUUCCAUUUCUGCCCUGGAUGGGUUAGAUUACAAGGGAGCGGAAGCAAAGUACCUGGAAGGGCCACCUGUACGUUACCGGGAGAAAGAACUAUUUGACAAAAAAGUCUUAAAAGAAAGGAGAAAGAGAUGAGCAAUAGAUAGAGCUGAUUGCAAAUCUCCUCCUGUGCCCACACA